GUGGUGGGGCGUGACCAGGGUGGAGUCUCAAGGGGGAAGAAAGGGAGCACAAGACAUCUUGGUCCAGUCUUAGUCCCCAGAGAUGUCACCACCACUGGUGCUCUGCCUGCUGCUGCUGGGGACUUUGGAGCCUGCAGGGGCCACACUGAUCCGAGUCCCUCUUCGCCGAGUCCACCCUGGAUACAGGAUGUUAAGCUCAACGAUUGGAUGGGGACAGCCAGCAGAGCCUCGUGGGACCCCCACCCCUGGUCACACCUCCUUUGUGUCCCUCUCCAAGUUCAUGAACGUCCAGUAUUUUGGCGACAUUGGCUUGGGAACGCCUCCUCAGAACUUCACAGUGGUCUUCGACACGGGUUCUUCCAACUUCUGGGUCCCGUCCACGAGAUGCCAUUUCUUCAGUUUGGCCUGCUGGCUCCACCAUCGUUUCAACCCCAAGGCUUCCAGCUCCUUUCGGCCCAAUGGGACCAAGUUUGCCAUUCAGUAUGGGACCGGGCGGCUGAACGGAAUCCUGAGCCGGGACAAUCUGACCAUCGGGGGGAUCCACGGUGCCUCUGUGACAUUUGGAGAGGCUCUGUGGGAGCCCAGCCUGGUCUUUGCUUUCGCGCGCUUUGAUGGGAUCCUGGGCCUCGGUUUCCCAACUCUGGCUGUGGGAGGAGUUCAGCCUCCACUGGACACACUGGUGGCACAGGGGCUGCUGGAGAAGCCCGUCUUCUCCUUUUACCUCAACAGGGAUUCUGAAGGGUCUGAUGGAGGAGAGCUGGUCCUGGGGGGCUCAGAUCCGGCUCACUACAUACCCCCUCUCACCUUCAUACCAGUCACCAUUCCUGCCUACUGGCAGGUCCACAUGGAGAGUGUGAAGGUUGGCAAAGAGUUGACUCUCUGUGCCCAGGGCUGUGGUGCCAUCCUAGACACAGGCACGUCUCUCAUCACGGGACCUAGUGAGGAGAUCCGGGCCUUGAACAAAGCCAUUGGGGGAUUUCCCCUCCUGACUGGGCAGUACCUCAUCCAGUGUUCCAAGAUCCCAGAGCUUCCCCCUGUCUCCUUCCGCCUUGGUGGAGUCUGGUUUAACCUCACAGGCCAGGACUACGUCAUCAACAUUCUAAGGAGCGAUGUUGGCCUCUGCCUGUUGGGUUUCCAGGCCUUGGACAUCCCGAAGCCAGAAGGACCCUUCUGGAUCCUCGGGGACAUCUUUUUGGGGACAUACGUGGCUGUCUUUGACCGAGGGGACCAAAGCAGAGGCCCGCGUGUGGGUCUCGCGCGUGCUCAGUCUCGUGCCACCCAGCGGCCAGGAAGGGCUACACAGGCUCAGUUCCUCUGAGGACACUCUGAUUGGGAGGGGUCCAUUUAACACAGUCAUAGCGGCUUUACUUCUUUCCAAUAAAAAAGAAAAAAAU